AUGGUUGAGCAACCAAAACUACUUCGUAGACCUCUGCCUCCUAAGCUGUCGUCUAAGCUGUCUGCACCAAGGGAGAAGUUCAGCAAAGGCAAAAUUCUUGGACGGUACCAAAAUAAAGCGAUAAAGAGUACCAGUGAUGAAAAUGGAGAAACAGUUCCUAGCAGCUAUUUCAGUUCUCAGGGUCAAGACAAGCAGACAGGUGCUUUCCUCAGCAAUGAUCAGGUUUCUCACAGUCCGGUGCAAAUUUUCUCAAUACAGAAAGUGGAGCAGAAAGAUUGUAGAUAUUUUUCAUGUCUGGACCAUAACAACAAUGAUUCUGCAUGUUGGUCUUUCUCAGGCUUUCCUGCAAGUGAAUUUGACCAAUAUGAAAUUAUUCCUGCCCAUUCAAGCGGCCAGAUGCCAAUUCAAAGCAAUGCGCAAAACAGCUUUUCUGUCCGUACUCCUACGAGAGAUAUUAUUAUUACUAAAAAUCCUAGUGGGCCUGAUAGCUUCCCAUUUCGCAAAAAUUGUAGAUUAUUUCAUAUGAAGCAACCAGGAUUACAGAGGACUUGUCCUACCCAUUUCUCUCCUCCUAUAUUUACGUUGGGAAGUCUUGCUGCCAUUUCAUCUUCUCACCCUCUGCCAUUGAAGACAACACUCAAAAAGCCAGUUGUUUCCCGCUAUAACUGUGAAGUACUCAGCAGGCGAUUAAUGACUGAAAAGAGGAGCUCACAGACUGAAGUUAAUGCAGUGGUAUUGUCCAAUACUGACUUACCACUAGUUUCAACAAGAAAGUCUGAGCAACAGAAGAUCCUAGAGUCUUAUGAUGUCCCUGAUGGCAAUACUAUGGAGGAUGUUUGGAAAACUAGUUUCCAGUUUCCAGUAAGCAAGCAGGAUGAAGAGGCAGAAUUGAUGUCCAGGUCCCAACUAGAAGUAUUGCGUUGCCUAUUGUAUCAGAAGCUUGCUCUUAACCUUCAGGGCUACUUUCUAUUUCGCCUUCCAAACCUGACCCCUUUAAUGGAUACUUUGAUCAACCUUAAUUUGUCAUUCAAUAAUUUAUUCUUCUUUCCUAUGGAGGUGCUCAAUAUUAAAACCUUAGAAGUCCUGGUGCUCCGAAACAACCCUAUCAGAGAGAUCCCUAAUGACAUUUACAGACUGAAGUCACUGAAGAAAUUUGUCAUUUCCUUCAAUUUGCUAUCAGAACUUCCAGCUGGGUUGUUCUUACUAGACAAUCUCCAGCAUCUAGACAUCGCUUAUAAUGAUAUUAGCUUUAUCCACAGUGACAUCAAGAGUCUCAGUUUUACUGUCUGUGACUGCUGCAGUGGACCUCGGUAUGGCAAAGGACUUCGGCUCAUUCGACUUUACAGGAAUGUUUUUAGAUUUGGAAGGCUUCCCUUUUGCUUCCAUGCCUGCUCAUCAUCCUGCCUCAGAAACUUCAUGUAUCAGUCUGAGGCUUGA